UAUUACUAUAUAUGUAUUCCCAGAAUCCAUGGCCUCCGUUAUCAUAUCCAACUGUGUUGACGAGGAAACAAGCGUUCCCAUUCGGCCAUUAACCUUCGUAAAUCUCCACAAGUGGCCGGAAUCCGACGUAGAGUUCGUGAAGAGGGUGAACUCCUUCAACAAUGGCGAGGAGCGAAGAGUAAACAGCCGCCUCUGGUGCAGGCAAAUGUAUCUGAGGAGCUACAAGUUUUCGAGGGAGAAGAAGGGUGUGACUCACAAGGCCAUUAAGCGUCUUAGAACUCUAAAGGAGAGUGUGGUUCGCGCCACAAAUAAUGCUGCGCCAUCAACCAAUUUUAUUAAGCCUAAUUAUUAUAAGGUUCUCAUCACUGCUUAUGCUGCCUUCUUCUCAACCCUUCACAAGCUUAUGUCUUGCUUUUCAUCAUGUCGCUCCCCAUAGCUUUCCUGUCCUCAAUUACUUGGUUCUAUGUGUUGGUUUA